GGAGCCGUGGCCGAGUCUGCCACGGUCGGACGAUCAUCAUGUCAGCCUAUGGCGACAUUGAUGGGCCCUCAUCCGCGUCUCGACUGAGUCCCAAGACGUUUGCACUCGCUCGGAGCGAUGCUUGCGUGACCGUCUAUCACCUCCUCAAGGGAGAUCUCCGUCAAGACGCCAGUCUCGUCUCGUACCUGCGCGAGAUCUUCAACAGUGUCGUCGAAGCCGGACAGACCUACCCACAAGAAGCUCAACAAUCCGAAGAGCAAUUCGCAAAUUACUUUUUCUCUGCUGAUCUCUUCCUGGGUGUAUUCGACAAUGCCAGCCCCGAGCGGGCAUCACGAUCCUGGCAAGAAGUGUCUGCACUGCGUGACUGGCCCGGAACCGUCGCUGGGAUGUAUUACGUCAAGCCGAACUAUCCCGGACGGUCGGCUCACAUCUGUAAUGCCGGCUUCGUCGUGCCAACGGCCUCGCGGGGUCGCAAGGUCGGUCUCGCGCUGGGCAGGUCGUUCUUGCACUUUGCACCCAGGCUGGGCUUUCGUGCCUCGGUCUUCAACUUGUGCUACUCCUUUUUCCAUGCACGGCGCAUGCAAUACAAAUGCAAACUAGAGAAGUACGAAAGCAAGGGAGAAGCUAUACAAGCGAACACAGGCAGCAGCUUGCGCGUCUGGGCGCUCUCCGAUGCUGACAUGCAUUCCCGAGUGCACACAGUCUGGACGAUCGUAAGGAUUCCUAGGCGGCCGAGAAGUCCGAUCUCCAUCCUCUCGGGCCUUGCGUUGUUGUAG